AAAAAAAAAAAAAAAAAAAAAAAAAAAGGAGAGAGAGAGAGGAAAAAACACACACGCACACACACAUACAAGGGGGGAAAGGCAAAGUGGGAGAACGCAUCGCUGGAUAUUAUAGGUUUUUGUAGCUCUUGCAAUUGGUAAACAACUGGAACCAGUUCUGUUCCUGGAAUGGCUUCUGUUGUGAAAUGGACGUUAUAAAGGAAAGAUAAUGAAAACAAGAACGCACAAAGAAUCGAUGCCCAUGCGCAGUGGGCGAAGGAGGGGGGCGAGUGAGGAGAGAAGGGGCAGGCGCCCGCACACCAGCCCAACUCGCCCUGAACGCACCGACCGGCAGACGCAAAGAGGUGGUGGUGAGGAACUGGCUGGAAAUCGCUUCAGUUGCAGAUCACAAGGACAUGAUUCAUCAGAGAGUGAGGGGGAGGAACUUGUAUCACCUCCAAAGAGACAGAAAGUUCAGGAUUCAGCACCAAACCCAAAUUCUCCAACAUCAACGCACUUGACUGAAAGCUCAACAACUUCCACUGUUCCACCUCCAACCUCAGCUGCAAGCCAAUCUCGGGAGAGUGACAAUGAAGAUGGCCAAUCCCAGGGCAGUAGGAGUUCGGCCGUAGGGAGCCUGGCCAAUAGCAGUAGCAGCCUGAGCAGCGGGCGGGAUAUAGACCAGGACAAUCGAUCCUCAUCUCCGAGUCUUUCUGCUUCCCCUUUGGGUAGCCUGGACUCUGAUUCUGAUGGGCCCGAUUCACCAAAGCAAGGAGAACGUGAGAAAGGUAAAGAGGUUGGUGCAGGGAAAGUGACCGGGGAGGACAGGAGAACGUUACGAGAGGGGAGAGGAGAAGAAUCGUGUGGCGAUGGGGAAAAACGAGACGUAGAGACAAUUGAAGAUUCUUCAUCUCUGAAGCCCCCUUCUACUCCCUGCUCUUCCUCUAGUCUAACUCCUUCUGUUCGAGGAGGAGAUUCAUCGAAUGACAGCAAUAGUGGGAGGAAAUCAUAUUUCUCCCUGGACUCCAAAUUGAUGUGUAAAGUUGAGUAUGGCUCACCAGCAGGUGUUGAAAGCAACAGAAUGACUUCCAAAGCCAGCACACAGUGCAUAAACAAGACAACCAUCUCUGGAGGAGAUUUUUCACAUAACAGCCCCAACAUUCCCCAUUCGUUGCCCCCUCCACUUCCUCCUCCACCUGCCCUGAAGCCGUUGGAGCUUGGGGGACAAAACCUGCCGGCUGAGGUUAAGACAGAAAGAGACAAAACUGAAAAAACAGAGAAACUCAUGGACAAGGCUCAGUCCACGCCUCCUUCUUUGCUGCCACAGUGCGGCCCUCAGCCCCUGUCCCAGUCUCAGCCUCAGACCCAGCCCUCUAGCCAUCCUCACCACUACAGCUCCAGUUGGCAGGGCGGGGCAGCAACUGGUUGCCAGGGGAGCUGGGGCUACUCCCGCUAUCCUGGCAGCCACCACCCACAGCACCAGCCCCCCGUGCAGCAGCAGCAACUUCCCUCCGUCUACAACCCGCCAUCCUCUCGCCACUCCUCAUCCCACCCCUCUUACCUUCCCCAUCCUCACCCCCACCCUCACAGAGAGUACCUUCCCAGGUACGCUGGAGGGGGAGGGGACAGGGAGAGGGGCCCCACAGGAGAGAGAGAGAGGGGAGUAAGAGGGGAGUGUGGUGGGAGAGAGCUCACCAGAGAGUUUUCUGCUCCUGUUGGCAACAGCAGCAACAGUAACGGAGGGGGGAGUAGUAAUAAUGGCUGUGGUGCAAUGAGUGUCCCCAACAGCAUUCCAGCUCGGGAGUUUGGGGGGAUGCCCGUAGGGCAGAACAGGGAGUACCAAGGCUCAGGAAGAGAUGGGCCCAACUUAGGUCCAGAUCGAAGAGACUUUGGUUCAGCAUUCAGGGACAGGGAGCGUGAAAGGGAACGGGAAGGAGGAAGGGAGUUUAAUCUCCCAAAUCAAAAUCAGAAUAGAGACUUUGGCCCCACUGUACCCACAGGGGGGCACCCAAGAGACAAAGAUGGCAACAGAUGGAGUGAGUUUGGGAGCCAGACAAGAGAGGUUGUGAGCAACAGCAACCCUAAUAACAACUCCAUACCACCAGGAAACCCCCCAAGUUCAACCAGUGGUCUACCAGUCGCCCCCAUGCUAAACCGUGACCCACCUGCGUCACCCCAAAACAAUCUCAAUCACCCUUCUCAUUCCUCUCUUCCCCAGCAUCCCCAUUCUCAUCCCCCAAAUUCAUCCAACAGGGAUUUCCCCCCACCCAUGGACCAGACACAAAUGCCUUCAACUGGAGCAGAUCACUUUCACAGAGACUAUCCUCCAAGUGGAGGAAAAGACUUUCCAGCUGGGGCACCUCCUUCUGCUGGCACAAAUCGAGAGUACCUAAGCUCCCCUGGAGUGACUCCAAACCUGGGACGAGAGUACCCAGGGACAGGAGGAACGCAACACGCCCACCCACCUCACCCCCACUACCAGCCUGGGCCCAAAGACAGAGAGAGGGAUUCAAACCUGCGAGAGUCUGCUCUCUACCAAAGCCGUGGAGGCCCUAAUCAGCCUCCUGCACUCUCUCCUUCCUCCUCUUCCAGCCAUCAUGGACAAUACCCACAUCCGCCUCCUCAGCCACCUGUACACCCCCCUCAAAGCUCCCAUUCCCAGGCACCUCAAUCAACUAUGGGACCUAGUACACGUCCUCCACACUAUCAGUCCUCUGCUCAAACUCCUCCAACACCUCUAUCUCCCUUACCUAGCCCAUCUACCAAUCAGAUGGGAGCCUUCUCAUCCUUUCCCUCUGGUUCUUCCUCUGCACCCACCUCACAACUUCCCGUUCCAGGUGUGUCAUCCAGCUGUUCACCUGGAUGCCGCCCUUCGUCUUUCCAUGGCACUUUGAACAAUCAUCCUCAGUUCAGUGGCACAUAUCACUCCAAUGGAAGCAAUGGCAGCACCAUGGCAAACAGCAGUGGCAACAGUAGCGCAGUCAGCAGUAGCAGCAACACAAACUCACAGGCACCCUCACCUCAGAAUGUCUCGAAGGCCCCACCACCUCUUAGUAACUCCACCAACAACAACAGCAACGUCUCAACACCUGCCUUGACCUCAUCACUUCCUGGUGUGGAGGGACACUCAGACUCAGGUCUACCUCCAACAGCCGUCAUCAAGGAAGAACCACCAGAGGACCGGGAAGAAACCGAAAGCCCUCCCCCGGUGUUAAGAAGUCCCUCACCUGAACCAAAACACGUGGAUAUUCCUAUUCACGCCAGCCAAUCAGCACGGUUUCACAAGGUCCUUGAUAGAGGCAGCAGGAACUCCUGUGCUCGUAGCGAUGUCCUCUUUGUCCCAUUGGACGGCUCCAAACUGUGGAAAAAGAGGAACGAGAUGAUUGAAAGAGCUCGCAGGGAAGUUGAGCAGAGGGCCAGAGACCUGAGAGAGAAAGAAAGGGAACGGGAAAGAGAGCGUGAGAGAGAACUGGAUCGGCAUCUACAGAACCAGAAGGAUGUCAGUGCUGCUGGAGGGGGACGCCAGGGUUCCUCGCUCUUCUUCCCCCCCUCGUCCUCCAUCAUUCUUGACCCUUCCUCUUCCUCUGCCUCUUCCUCCGCCAACGUAGUCGCCCACCCUCCCGCUCACCCCCAGCACCACCCCUCACAUCCGCAUGCUCAUCUUCCACCGACACAUCAUCUCCACCCCUCUCUGUCCCACGCUAUUCCCCACUCCCUUCUCUUACCCACCAUGGGUGGGGCAUCGGCAGUGGUUGGUGGGCCUCAGGGGGCCCUGGGGAUUGGGUUAGGAGGUCCAUAUUUAGGACCUGACACACCAGCCCUGAGGACCCUGAGCGAAUACGCUCGCCCACAUGCCAUGUCUCCUCUUGGGGCAGCGAGUCGUGCUCAGGCACACCACCCUCAAGUUCACCAUGGUCACCCCCAUGUCCACCCCUCAUUCUUCCUCCCUCAACUACAAAACCAUGCUUUGAGUCACCCACACCACCUUCCCACUGAUGCAGCAACGGCAGCAGCCAUCUUAGGCUUUUUGUACGGUGGCAGCCUUGAAGGUGGUCCAGGUGUGCCUGGGCACCCUGGGGUGGCCGGGGGCCCCGUACCAGGAGGAAUUGGCGGUGCAGGUUUGGGAGGCAUGGGUUUCCCUCACGCAAUGGCAGCUCAUCGAGAUCGGCUAAAGCCUGGAUUUGAGUUUAAGAGUGAUGAGCGGGUUUAUCCUGCGGGAUCCAUACCCGACCCUGCAGCUAUUGCGCUUGCUCAUUCGCAUGCGCAUGCCCACAGCAACGCCCAUGCACAUGCUCACUCCCUGCUGCUUGCAGGAGGUGCAGCAGCUAAUGAGGUAUCACUCUAUGGCACUCCUCCUCCUCCAGCUCCACCUGGACCUCCACACCUUCAAAACCCAACCCUGGCACAAGUAACCCGACCUCCACAACCACCUGCUCCACAGUCACUGUCUAAUCCUCCUCCUUCAUCCCUCCUUCCACCUUCUCUCCCCUCUCACCCUUCAUCUGCCCCACUGGCCGCCCCCUCAGCCCCGGCACCACCUUCCGCACCUCCAGCCGCUCCUCCUCAACCUGCUCCACCGACCUCCAACUCUUCCUCACUUCAUCACCCAGUGCCCCACUCUUCUUUCCCUAACUCCCUGUCCUCUCAUGUGCCUCCGCCUCCUGCCCCAGCUGCUCCGCCCGAGACUUAUCCGACUCCCACGCGCUCCCCUGCCUCGUACGAGCGUGACAGGAGCGGAGCGAGGGAACGGGAGAGGGAGCGGGACAGAGCAGCUUUGACGGCCUUUGGGGACAGAGAGCGAGAAAGAGAGAGGGAGCGAGAAAGGGGAGGGAGUGGGGGAGGCGGAGGAGCAGGAGGGGGGAAUGGAGGCGGAACAGGGGGAGGAGGUGGAGGAGAGAACCUGGGGCGUCUUCAGAUGUUGAAUGUAACGCCUCAUCAUCACCAGCAUUCACACAUCCACUCACAUCUUCACCUGCACCAGCAAGACACAGCGGCGGGCGGGGUUCACCCCCUGAUGGACCCGUUGGCGUCGGGGUCUCCUUUGGCUCGCCUUCCCUACCCAGGAGCAGCGCUCGGCACGCCCAUCCUGGCUCACCCCCUCACUGACAGCGAGGUGCUUCGCCAACAGCUGUUCGGUGAGGAGAAGGCUCCUCGUCCAUGUGCUCCUUUCCGUGACUUGCCCCAGCCUUCCUCCCUCACUGGUCCCAUGUCAGCGGCCCAUCAGCUCCAGGCCAUGCAGCAGGCCCAGAGCGCGGAGCUGCAGAUCCAGAGACUGGCCCUGGAACAGCAGUGGAUCCACCACCAUCACCACCACUCCCUCACACAGGACGAGUAUUACAGUCACCUGAAGAAAGAGAGUGACAAGACCCUGUGAGGGAGGGGACACGAUGCAGAGCGGCUCGGGCAAGAAGUCGAAACAAAACACGUGAAUCUGUGCAAGAACAGACUGAA